AGUUCUUUUCAUCUAAAUUAUCUGUCCAUAAUGAAAAUAACAAUCUUCACUGCAUUACUGCUCAUUGUAGUUGUAUGUUGUAAUGAUGAGGAACCCUGGGAGACAUUCGAUGAGAAUGCAGGAGGUAAUCCUAUGUUGUUAAUUAUUUCGACUGAUCUUUGAUAUUCAAUAAAUUUUUUGUUAAAGCAUUCACCUAAGACAUCAGUCAUGGAAUGACAACAUUACCAAAUUAUUACUUAUGAUAUGUGAAAUGAUCACACAUACUCUUAUUUCAUUUCAAUUUUUAUCAGCACCAGUCGAUAAUUGCAUUGUACGGAAGUAAUAUUCAUGACCAAGUUGACUGUUUCCUUCAUUAAAAAACUAUCUAAAAUCGUCAUCAGCCAUCACCAGUAAAAUCUCACACAAAUACACUUGUUUCUGUAAUGAACUUUGUUGUUUCGUGCAUCUCAAUUCCAUACUCUGUUUGUUUUUUUUAAUCGGUUAUCAUCAAUCAAAUGUAUAGUUGAAGAAUAUGUGCGGUAUUAUAGACGAGGUGAUAAAUGAAUCUGGGAUUAAUUAACCAUGAAACUUUCAUUCCAAUAAAUAUUUUCAUUCAAGAUAUUUCG